AUGAAAAUACACUUCUUUGAAUUGUCUCAAAACGAUUGGACACAACUUCGGCCCAAAGACAUCAAAGAAUCCAAACACAGCAACCAAAACAAGUCCAUCGAUGAACGACUUCUGGAUCUACUUCUCGAGGAGAAACAGAAGACAAGCAAACAAAAGAACCACAACAGCGGUUCCCAUGUGUUGAAGAAGUUAGUGCUGAAAGAGAAGUUGAAUCACUUUGUGUUGAGUUUGUACAGCGGUUCCGACGGCUAUACGAUUGGUCUGAAGUUGAGUGACAGCGAGAAUGUCAUCGAAACGAUGCGUUUGCCGUACGAAGAGAACCAACUCUUGGAUUACAUCGACAACGAAGAGUUGCCACCAUUUCUGGUCGAUUUCAUUGAGAACUCACCGCUCAUUCACUGCAAUCUCUUCCAAACCGGAUGUCUUAUAUUUGAGGUGCGGGACUACCGGCGAGGGUCGCCCUCCCAUUCCCUCCACCACUCGUCCCAAUGGGUUCUUCUCAGACCCAGCACUCAGAGUCUGACCAAUGAUGUCAUUAAUAUCAUCAACAACUCGAGCGAUGAGUACUUGUGGACAAACGAAGAUAAGGCCGAACUCGAGUCUCAACUACUGUUGGCCACCGCUCCCAACCUAUGCCUCGAUCCGAGCCCUUCUGUGGCCAUACUUUCCAACAAAUUGUGGCGAAAGAAGCGAAUGUUUCGCGACAUCUCUUUCUUAAAACUUUCCAAGAAGUGUUCGCAAAUAUCUACGAAUCGUGUGAAGAAGUUCGAGUCAUUAGCGGCGCCGAAGAUAUUCCGAUUGCAUGAGUUCCUGAAGAAGAGAAGCAACAAAAGUAAUUCGCAAACAAAAGUCAAUAAAUCGAUUCAUAUGGACACAAGUGAACCGAUUUAUGAGCCGUUUUCCAUCAAGAAUAUUGGUGUCGACAAAAUUGCUAAAGAGUUACCAAAACCUCUCGUUAAUGUCGACAAUUCAUUGACUAAAAUAGAGGAAUAUAAGAUGGAUUUCAUGGACGAUAACCGCCGAUCGUUAACUACAGUGAAUAUUCUACACCGAAGUAUUGAUGACAUGUAUUUCGGACAACUGGUCAUUGAUAGACAGGGACACCUCAGGGGAUCCACUUCCACAUUCUGUUUGGGGACCAAACUGUCGACCAAACGAUAUGUCGAUCAAUUCACCGAAAUUCUGACCGAAAAUGGCAGAAAAUCGGUGAAAAUUGUUCACACAAUGGCCGGACAAGUGCCUCAAAUUAGUUACACACCGGCGGCCACUGCCCAGGGAUUGACUAUCACUGCCACUAAGGAAGCGCUCGAUGACGAGCCCAUAGCUAUAGUGUCGACGCCACCAAAAAAGCCCAAAUUGAUUACUAUUGAACAGAGUUCUCCUUCUGUGCCGACUUCCAUAUUGCAGAGCCCUAUCAUAUCGCCGACCAUUUCGACGCCAUCCAUAACAUCUCACAUCAAACCUCAGGAGACAAUCACAAUACCCGCAGUCACGUCUGACUCAAUCGCUACCCCUUUGCUUACGGCUGGCAUUCACGCGACCACCGGUACGACCCAUAUCCCCGAAUCAGCGCUUGCAGUCAUUUUCACACCUUCUUCGGGAAUCACUAAAAGCAUUCAACAAAUAGAGUGCGCGGAUACAAGUCAUCAGACAGUGAGUACAGCGACUCCAUUGCCGACCGGUGUGAGUCUCGCGAGCCUUAGUUUAGCGCCGGUUCAACAGAAUCUUCGGUUACAUAACUUGGUGUCGAUAACACCUCAAGGGAUGGCAGUUCCCAUAUCGUUGACAAUGAUGCCGACCGCCACCGGCGCUCAGCCCUCGAUCAUGACUACUCCGGGCUCUAUGAUUGUGAGUCUGGAUCAAAGCCAGCAGAAGGACGACGACCACAGCGGUGUGUCCGUGACGUACGCGACGGCGCCGACAACUGUGCUGAUGUCGACCGGAUCGGCCGGCAAUAAUCUGUUAUCAGUGCCAAUAGGAAUGACCGGCAGUCUAGGCGUACAUCAAUUGAACGCUCAGUUUAUUAAUCAAUUGAAGCACAAUUCAGGCCAAAUACGAACCACUGGACCGCAGGUAUCGCUGCUUCAGAUGAGUUCUGCGCCGUCAGUACCCCUAUUGAGGCCAUUGGCGCCGCACACGUACGCCCCCUCGUCCUCCACCACCACAUUCACCCAAAUCCAGUCCAAUCUGAUGUCUGGUCCAACGCUGACACCUCAGCAACAGUUCACAAAUGUACUCAAACGACAGGUACAACAAACACAACAAUUGGCGCCACAGAAGACCCCGAGGAAGAGGGCCACUAAAAAGUGAUUUACAGCUCAUUUUAGAAAUUAUUUUAUACGUUUGCACUAAACGUUAUUAUUUAUUAAUUUAUAAUAAAUUAUUAUCAAUUUUACUGAUCUUUUAGUUUGUAUACAAACUUAUAAUUAUUAGAUAAUUUUUACCCCAAAAUCAGC